GUGGAAAAAAGAAAAUUCCGUUGUAACACCGCCGUUUCCAAUUUCCACAUAAACCAUACGUACGAUAGUCCAUCAACAUUCGCACAACAUCUCUCAAUUGUAACGUAUCGUGGAUCUCAUAUGUAAGGUGUAUAAUCAUUUGUUGCAUAUAUCUUUCGGUGAUGAAAGUAUAGCGGAAACAAGAAAAAGCUGCAAAAAUAAUUCUACUGUAGAGAAAAAAAAAGAAAAAAUAAUUAGUGACUGUGAUUGUAACGGAUUUGUUGAGAAAAGAAAAAUAGUUAGCAAAAGGAGCAAUUUUGAAGCAUUUAAAAUUUGCGCGAUUAAAAAGUGAUUUCUUUUAGUUUGAAACUGUGAUAAACUUUCGUAGUUUUCUGCUGGUUUUUUGUUUAUGGAAUUAUUCAAGCAGUGUUCGGUUAUGGGUGCCUCGUUACCGUGUGCAUUUUUCAUCCUUAUAAUUUGUACAAAUUCAGUCAUAACAGCUGAAACACACCACAAAAGGAGUCUUCAGGGAUUUCAGGGUGUACGUGGUAAACGGAGCAUCGAAGAGGUAAGCACACAGAACAAACAAGAAGGAUUUGAAAACAAUCAUCAAAUACUUGUUGUUACAACAACGGAGCAAAAUUUCCUGGACAAUGAAGUCAGAGGUCCCGAACUGUUGAGAGAUCUUCCACCAUUAUCUGUAGUAAAGCGUGCACCAAUGGGUUUUAUGGGAAUGAGAGGGAAAAAGGAGUACGAAUACACCGGCAUGGAUAAAAAGGCUUUGCAAGGAUUCCAUGGCGUACGCGGAAAGAAAAUUCUGUUGAAAAUUCCACAUAGGUUCGUCCCGAAGCGUGCUCCAUCUGGUUUCAUGGGUAUGCGAGGAAAGAAGAAACUGUUGAUGAAUGAAUAUGGCGCGAAUAAGAGAGCACCAUCCGGUUUUAUGGGAAUGCGAGGUAAAAAGGAAGAUUUUAAUCCGUUGUAUUCAUCGGCAAAUAUUGAAUUGGACGACAGCAAUAGUAUAGAUGAUUUCGGGCAUGACUUCUACGAAAAGUUGCAAAACGAACGAAGACUGUUAAACGAAUUUGGAAGAAUUUAUGGCCUAGACACACAAUUGCCUAAUGAAUUCAGCGGCGAGCGAGCAUCUGAGGUGUCAUCAGAAGAAGACGAUGGAACUUAUGGAUGGAUGAACGACGAAGCAGCUGAGUCACAGGAAGAUCAAAAUGGAUACUUCGGAAUGCGCAACAAAAAAGAUGUGUCUGAUAUGAUGAGCGAAGAGAAACGGGCACCAAAUGCUGGGUUUUUCGGAAUGCGAGGAAAAAAGGCACCAAUGUCAACCGGAUUUUUCGGCACAAGAGGCAAAAAGGGUCCAUUUGAAUUCCGCGGUAAGUUUGUUGGUGUUCGCGGUAAAAAGAUACCAGACGGAUCGCCGCUCAGACGAUUGGCCAUGGAAUUGAGCGAACUUCAUCCGGAAUUGGAAUCAGCAGCUUUAAUGGGUUCGGAAUCGAAUAAACGUGCACCGAGUGGUUUUCAAGGACUAAGAGGCAAAAAAUGGACAGAUUCAUCGAACGAAGAAUAAGAUCGAUCGAGCAAUAAAACGUCACAAAAAGUUUUAUGGCAACAAACAUUUCAGCAAUAAAACUUUGAAAUUCAAUAUUUAAAAAAGAAACGACGGCGAGAAUACCAUAAAUACCAUUACCAUUUACCCAUAAUAAUGAAUUAAAGAUACCAAAAAAAUCUAGUUGUUUACCAAUACUAAAUGAAAUUAUCUAAAAGUAAAAAGUUGAUUUGAAAUUGAAAUUUAAACAAAUUCUAUCUAGUUGUAUUAGGUUCGAAGGAGAUGAAGUAAGCUUAAAGGGAAACCGAUUCUUGUAAAAAAAAGAGAAGAAACAGAAAGAAUGUUAGUUGUGGAAUAGAAAUCUCUCAAUUUCCAUGUUUUGUAUAAAAAUUUAAAAUAAAAUCUGAGUUCCAUGACGAACAAAAAAAGGGAAACAAAUUCAUGCGUUAUAUUUAUGGCUGGAAGAUAUAACCAUAUUUUUGUGACUUUUUUUAAAAAAAAAGCAAAAACACUAUAGGCAAAUAGUUUUUUGGAUUGAAAUGAUAAAAAAUAUAUUUUUGUUGAUGAGAUAUUUACUCUUUGUAUACAAGCCCAGUUAAAUUUUCAUUUAAAGAAAAGCUUAAAAGAGAAGCUAAAAUAUAAAACAAAGAAAACAUUUAAUUUUACUGUGAACAAUUAUAAUAAAAUUAAAGAAAAAAGAAAUUGUAAUUGUAAAAUAUUUUUCUGAAAGUUAUAAAACCAACAUAGAUGUACAUGGAUCAUAUCAUGCAAAUAAUUAAUAAUAAUAAAAACAAUGAAAAAUUGAAAAUUCCAAAGUCUAUCAUGCAAGUAACAUACAUAUCAGGAUUUAAAAAUAAAGCAAACCAAACUCGUGCAAAUAA